AUGACAGACUUACUGCAAGAUCUGCCCGAAACAGAUGAGACCCUUUUUGAGAGUGUUCCUCAUUCAACUCCCCAGAAGCACAAAGCUGAUGAGCCUACAGCUACAUUCAAAGUGCCCUUUGCUGUAAAGCUAGCCAGUCCCUCACCUACCAAACCAGCGGUUCUCCUGGCUCCCACAUGGACAAAGCUAUGGAACACUACAUCUUCAUCUAUGAUGAUCACCUUAUGUAGUCCACGAAAAAGUCUAAUAUAUGCGGAACCAGACCCCAUUGGAGCAACUGCGAUGGAUAUGAGCGCAACAUCUGUGUUUGAUGUCAGCAUGACCUCAGAGACAGCUCUUGAUCCUGCAGAAAUAAGCUUUGUGCCAGAUUCCAGCCCCUCCACCUCCACCACAGGAAUGAUCGAAGAAGCCUACAUACAACAGGAGGACAUAAUCAAAGCAAGAAUAAUUUUACAAUCCGAGGAAGGUGACGGAGUGCAACUAUGUGGUGAUGGCAGAAGUGACAGUCCUGGGCAUUCCAGCAAAUACACCACAUAUUCUUUCAUGGAUGACUCCACAAAACAGAUUGUUGGGUUUGAGUUGAUGCAGGUGUCUCAGGCCUCAAGUUCUAUCGCAAUGGAACCAUUGUGCUUCAAGAAAGCCCUGGAUGAGAUCCUGAAUGAGGGCAUAGACGUAAAAGUGGUCACCACAGACCGGCAUCCAUCAAUACGCAAAAUAAUGAGAGAGGAAUAUCCUAAUAUAAUACAUCAGUUUGAUCCCUGGCAUGUGGCCAAAGGAUUUAAAAAGAAAUUGAAAGCGGCAUCCAAAAGGAGGGAUUGCAGAGAUGAAAAGGAGCUGCUCAGACGAUGGAUGUCUCUCCAACACCAUAUCACUGGGGUCCAUCGCUGGGAAGAGAAUGGCACGGAAUACAAAUGUUUCCACCAAGAUUUGUCUGCACAGGAACAGAGAACUAAGAGGUGGCUAAAAGUGAAUUCCCCUUCCUUCCAAGCCCUGAAGUCAAUGAUGACGGACACACGUUUGCUGAAAGACCUACAACAGAUGACACUAUUCAAACAUACAGGACAACUUGAGGUGUUUCACAAUGCUCUAUUGAAAUCGGGAACAAGCAACAACAGCAGCUGGCCAUCCAAGAACUAA